AUGGGCUUCUUCACGGGCUUUUUCAGCGGCUUUGCCUUCACCUCAUCCGUUCUCUACAUUACCGUCCAAGUUCAUCGCUCAACACGCGUAUCACAGCGCAAAGCCAUCCACGCGCAAGUCGAGCAAAUAGACUGGUUGACCUCAUCCGCUGGCGCCUAUGAUCGGCGCUUCCUACCAGAAGAAGUGCCAAGGUGGCGACGUGAAGAAUUGGAAGCGCAUAAUCAACCCGAGCCGACAAUGAAGGAGACACUCAAGCACAAGUGGAACAAGGAAGUGGAGGUCUUGACGAGAAAGGCCCAUGAGACGACAUGGGAGGACGUGAGAGAUGCUGCUGCGGAUAGCUGGAAGGCUGCUGCACGAUUAGUGAAACGGGAAUGA